AUGACGUCCAACGAUUUCGCUCUCGCACAGCAGAGGCUCGCAGCACGACGGCAAGCACGAGAGGCUGAAGCACAAUCUCGCGUCGCCGCUCAACAGCAAGUUUCACGAGCCUCAGACCAACUGAGCCGAUUACCCUACCCUUUAGGACGACUCGGUCAAGCUGGAGUAGCAACAUGGGACAGCAUCAGAGGAAGAGAGGGCACCCGGCCAGCGUUCAGGGUUGGGCAGGUUGACGCCGAGCUCUUGGAUGAGGAGCUGCUGUCGCUGCUAAAGGCACAAGUUGGAGAGGCGUUGAAAUAUUUCGGAUCACAUUUGCAAGAUGAUUGGUCUGCGGAGAUUAUGCUUGCCCUGAGAGCAGUGCUGUUCAAGCUCACUGUCUGGGAUCAUGAUGCAACAUACGGUGCCGCAUUGCAGAACCUGAAGUUCACAGAUGCGAGGAAGAACGGUCCAGUUUUGGUCUCACCAUCCAAGGUGCAGAAGACGCUUUAUGGACUAUUUACCGUUGGUGGGAAAUAUGCCUGGACGAGAUGGGAGAACUGGCUUGUCGAUAACGACAAUGGCUAUGAUCAGCCAAGCCCCACCCUGCUCAAGCUAUCACGAGUAUCAGACGCCGUCUCAACCGUGCACUCCACAGCAGCUUUUACUUCAUUCCUCGUAUUCCUGGUGAACGGAAGGUAUCGAACGCUUCUGGACAGAGUGUUGAGGCUACGGCUGGCUCCUCCGACCAGUCAGGUCAGCCGCGAGGUCUCGUUUGAAUAUCUAAACCGACAACUGGUGUGGCAUGCAUUUACAGAGUUUCUGCUCUUUGUAUUGCCAUUGGUUGGAAUUAGUAGAUGGAGAAGAUGGCUUGCCAGAGCAUGGCGGAAAACGAAAUCUAUCAUGAGGAGUGGUGGCGAGGAUGAGGAAGAGAUCAAGUCAGGAGAAUUUGCUUUCCUACCAGAGCGAACAUGUGCCAUUUGUUACCAGGACCAAAACGCUACAUCGACGUCCGAGGCUGAGGCUAUUGCUAAUUCUGGAGCAUCGGGAAUUAUUGGCUCAGCUCAGACAGAUAUCACAAAUCCCUACGAGACCAUCCCGUGCGGCUGCAUUUAUUGCUUUGUCUGCCUAGCUGGUCGUCUGGAGGCUGAAGAAGGAGAAGGCUGGACAUGCUUAAGGUGCGGACAAGAAGUGAAGGAAUGCAAGCCAUGGAGUGGGGACGUGAUCGAAGAGGUUAAAAAGACAGCAACUUCGUCAAAAACGGUUGGGUUUUCAGAAGGGCCCAAGGAAAUGGCGGAAGUUGAACCGAGUCCAGAAGUAGACGAGAUAGCCCACGAUGUAGAUUCGCAGACUUCAAAAGAUGACGACUCUGCCUCCCAGUCCUCGGAACUUGGCGAGAGCGAGGCUUAUGAUGAAGAGGAGGAAGGGGCUAUGGAUGACGACGACGAAUGA